AUGGCUUUUCUGAAGAUGCGGGUGCUGUAUGCCUGCCUCCUGGUUGUGGGCGCGCUCUGCGUGUACUUCAGCAUGGACACUCUGGUAGCCUUCAGGGAAGGGCCGUUGGUUUACAAGAAGGAAAUCGGGAAGUUCCUGCAGCUCCCGGAUGCUGACUGCAGGCAGAAGCCCCCCUUCCUCGUCCUGCUGGUGACCUCGUCCCUCCAUCAGGCGGAGGCGCGCAUGGCCAUCCGGAAGACAUGGGGCCGGGAGAGGACGGUGAGAGGGCGGCAGGUGCGGGCGUUCUUCCUCCUGGGGAUGUCGGCCAGCAAGGCCGAGAUGGCAGCCGUGGCCCGGGAGAGCCAGCAGCACCGUGACAUCAUCCAGAAGGACUUCGAGGACGUCUACUUCAACUUGACGCUGAAGACGCUGAUGGGGCUGCAGUGGGUGUACCACCACUGCCCCCAGGCGGGCUUCGUCAUGAAGACCGACUCGGACAUGUUCAUCAACGUGGACUACCUGGCCGAGCUGCUGCUCAGGAAGAACAAGACGACGCGGCUCUUCACGGGCCACUUGAAGAUGAACGACCUCCCCAUCAGGAACAAGUUCAACAAGUGGUUUGUGAGCAAGUAUGAGUACCCGUGGGACAAGUACCCGCCCUUCUGCUCGGGCACCGCCUACGUGUUCUCGGGCGACGUGGCCAGUCAGGUGUACAACGUCUCGGAGAGCGUGCCCUUCCUCAAACUGGAGGACGUGUUCGUGGGGCUCUGCCUGGCGAAGCUGGGGAUCCGGCCGGAGGAGCUGCACUCCGAGCAGACCUUCUUCCCCGAGGGGCUGCGCUUCUCCGUGUGCCGCUUCCGGAAGAUCGUGGCCUGCCACUUUGUCAAGCCCGCCGACCUGCUGACCUUCUGGGAAGCCAUGGAGAGCUCCCAGGAGGAACAGUGCUAA